UUAAAAUAUGAUAAAUUUGGUUGAUCUUUUUAAAGGGGUGGGCUGACCAGUUUUUAAAAUGCAUUUUUCUAUUCCUGAUAUUGAAAAAUUGAAAGAGGGUAAUAGCAGUUAUACCUCAUAUAUAUUGUAUUUAAAUGGCUUACCUCAUUCAAGUUUAAGGUAUAGGAAACUCCGUGAAUUCUAUUCAACAAUUAAACUGAAAUAUGGCAAUUCAAUAAAGUUGCCUUCUUUUCCUUCAAAAAAUAUAUUGAUGAGCGAUUAUGAGAUUGAAGAGAGGCGCGAAAUGUUGGAAAAAUUUUUACAACUAAUUACUCAAAAUUCAUCGAUUAUAGAAGAUGAAUAUGUACAACAAAUUUUGCUUGAUUCUCAUAUUGAAUUUCACAAUCUCUUUAUUGAUAUUAUGCAUAUAUCUGCCAACACAAUCCAAUCAUUAAAUAACAAUGCAAUUAUAAACAAUCAAAAUGGAGCUUCAUUAUCUCAGGCCAAUUUACAAAUAUAUUAUUCACUAAAACCCCCAUUUCAAAAAUAUAUCAAAAUUCCCACGCACAUCUGCAAAAAUCUCAACACAAAUAAUAUUAUCAAGCUAUAUGCAGAAAACACCAAUAUUUUGAAUCAAUAUUUGUCCUAUCUUGGCCUUUACCUUGUUUAUUUACACUGCCCUUCUCCCAAGACUAGCUCUCUAAUGAAUCUUAAAAAUUUGGGACACAAAGAUGAUGCAGCUGAACAUAAAGUCAUAUAUAUCAAUAGGCUAACUGACACAGAAUGUCCUUACUUGGCACUUCAGACUUUGACUUGUACGUGCAAUCAAGAGUAUCGUAAUUCCAUGGGGCUCAGUGGACCUUACAUUCUUAUAAGAACUAAUUAUUGGGAUUGUGCAUUGGAUGGAUACAUUACAUCUUCUGAAAAAACGGCAGAAAUAUUAUAUUAUCAACUGUGGAAUGAUGGAUUCUUGAAGGCUUCUCAAAUCUCCAAGUCGGACCACCUUGCUUCAUCUCCUUCGUAUUCCACGCGGGCUCGUGAGGCUAUUAACAAUUACGAAGGUCCACUUUCCCGCGGUUUUUUACCUCUAACUCAGACCGGCAUCAACGAGUUCAAAAUAACGACGGGUCACAACGCCGGACCUAGUCUUCGAUGCGAAACUUUGCACCUGGGACUGAAUGGUUUGCUCAUCUUUUGUCAAGCCAAAAAUCUUGCUUCAAAUCAUGACACGAAGGAUUUAAAUGGUUACAGUAAUAGGGACAAAAAACUGUGUAGCCAUUCUAAAGCCAUUACAGAAAAUUUUACUAAUGGUCAUCAUCCAGUUGCUGGUAGUGAUGCCAUACUCAUUGCCAACGGAAGUUACCGCAAAUCAAAUCUACAUACCGAUGAUAGCACACAUAAUUCUGGCCAAUACGAUAAAGAUGUGCUAUUCUUCAAGACGUGCAGAAUUAAAAGCUGGAGGAUAUCUUCCUAUCCGGGCGCGACUCCAGUUUUUUCGAGCUCUCCCACGACCUCAGAAAAUUUACCUGAUCACGUCACUCAACAAAGACCGGCGAAUCACAAUAAUGCUAAACAUUAUUGCACCAAUAGGGUCCGUUACAAAUUUUCGUUUCAAUAUCUCACGCCGAACCAAGAAUUCGAAUGGUUCCACUUGGAAAAUGUGGAAUACCCCCUUUUCCUCAGUUCUUGUUUACACGGUAUCGUUAACGAAUUGAUGCGACGCGAUAGCGCUCAUUCUGGCGAUAAGGCCAAAUAUUCCACCGCGCAUUCUGACCUUGAUUCUAUUCGUUCCUAUAAAGAUAAGAGUUGUUUUAUGGAGGAACAGAUAGAACCUUUAUUGAUUCGUAGCAAGUCCCCGGCCAAAGCGACCAGGUCGUCAGCUGGUAACGAGUUUAAGGGUAGGUGCAAUAUCGCCAAAAAAGUUGUGGAACUGAAACCGUUCGAUUCGAUUGAAAGACUUCGCUCUGACUUGAUCACCCAUCCACGCGUUAUUUAGAGAAAAAUUAUAUUUUAUAAAUUUAGCCAUUCCAUUUAAAAAAAACGCAAUCAUGAACCACGUCAACCUUGUAAAUUUUUUUUUUAUUGGUUUACUGAAAAAAUUAAAAUCAUGUUUUUUUUUAAAAAAAAAGAAGGUUUUAUUCGUUUUAUAUGUUUUUUAUAGAUUUUUUUUUACCUUAUAAAAAUAUAAUUUAAAAAAAAAACAAAAUAUAUAAAAA